AUGUUCUUGAGAAGACUCUAUUCAACAUCGUUGAGAACGGUAUCAGAAUCAAACGCUCGUCGUUGGGCAGCUAUUAAGAAUGCUAAACCUAUAUCUCAUUUCCUUACAGAUAAUUACAAUAGGAAACAUGAUUAUUUAAGAAUAUCAAUCACUGAACGUUGUAAUUUAAGAUGUAUGUAUUGUAUGCCCGAGGAAGGGGUACCAUUACAACCAGAUUCACAAAUUUUAUCCACUGAUGAAAUCAUUCAAAUUGCUAAAAUGUUUGUAUCUCAAGGUGUUAAAAAAAUUAGAUUAACUGGUGGUGAACCAACAGUAAGGAAAGAUAUCUUGGAGAUAAUGGAUAGAUUGAAUCAAAUUGAAGGCUUAAAAGAAAUUUGUAUCACUUCAAAUGGGAUUGCUUUGCAUAGGAAAUUACCUAAAUUGGCUCAAUCUGGGUUAACCUCAUUAAAUUUAUCAUUAGAUACACUGGUAGAAGGGAAAUUUACACUUAUAACAAGAAGAAAUGGUUUAAAAAAUGUUAUGAAAUCCUUGGAAACUGCAUUACAACUAGGUAUACCAAAAGUUAAAUUAAAUAUUGUUGUUGUGAAAGGUUUAAAUGAUGAUGAAAUUAUGAAUUUUGUUAAAUUAGCUCAAUUUUACCCAUUAGAAGUUAGAUUUAUUGAAUAUAUGCCAUUUGAUGGUAAUAAAUGGGAAUUAGAAAAAGUUAUGAAUUAUCAAGAUAUUAUUAAAUUAAUAAGAGAAACUCAUCCAACAAUUGAAAGAGUUGCUCAUAAACAUGGUGAAACUUCUAAAACUUAUCAAAUCCCUGGCUUUAAAGGUAAAUUAGGUUUUAUAACUUCAAUGACUGAUGAUUUUUGUAAAGAUUGUACAAGGUUAAGAAUAACAUCUGAUGGGAAUUUAAAAGUUUGUCUUUUUGGAAAUGAUGAAGUUUCAUUAAGAGAUUUAAUAAGAUCUAAUGUUGAUGAAGAUGAAAUAUUACAAGUCAUUGGUAAAACUGUUAAAAAUAAAAAGGAAAAACAUGCUGGGUUAGAUGAAUUGCCAAAAAUGGCUAAUAGACCAAUGAUUUUAAUCGGUGGAUGA